GAUUUAUAGAUUUAUAUAAAGGGAACAUCAGACUGUAACAUGUGGGCUCGAGCGGUGGUGUUCGCGGCGCUGCUGUCCGCGCUGUGUCCGGCAGAGAGGACGGAAGCCGAGAGGGACCAGAGAGACGUUCAGGACCAACAGUACGGGAACUCCAACAGACUGCUCGGUGCUCUGCAUGAAGUCCUGGAGAGGCUGCAGACUAAGAGGAUAAACCCCUGGGAGAAGAAGUAUGGACAGGUCCCCUCUUGCGACCUCGGGGAACACUGUGCGGUCAGGAAAGGAUCUCGUAUUGGGAAGAUGUGCGACUGCCCCAGAGGAGCGUUCUGCAACUUCUUCCUGUUGAAGUGCUUAUGAGCCAAUCAGAUCACACCAAGAGUUUAUUUUAACAUGUAGAUUUUACAGACGUAUAUAAAGAUGAAUCUAUGACCAUGUGGAUCAGAGGGACGUCUCUGUGUGAGGACGAUCUGAGUCCAGGUGUCUCAUUAAAGGUGUUCUGUGUCGCUUUUCC